UUGGCUAAGCGGAAUUUUAAAAUGCGGCUCCUUGUAACGUUACGUUGAAUUUGAAAUGAUCACACAAGAGGAGUUCGGAGGAGAAAGUGGGAAAGUUUCUUGAUAACAUAUCAGACUAUAAUAGUCUGCUACAUUAGCAAACGUGGUCUCGCCUGUAUUCUUUGGUAACGUAAAAUCGGAGUGGCGUACACUGGAGCGACUUAGCACGCAAUGGAUAUUAGGACAUCUUCACAGAGAUUUGAGGCAAGUCUGAGUAGUUACACUGGAGAUGAUCCGCUCGAUCUGUGGGACAGGUAUAUCGGGUUUCUGGAGAAGAAACUACCAGCUGGAGAACAGAAUAGCAUCUCAGUGGUAUUGGACCGUCUGGUUCAAACCUUCCUUCCACAAACCCGCUACUACGACGAUGUCAGAUACAUCAACUACUGCAUCAAAUGUGCGAGCUAUUACAGUGAACCAAUCAAUCUGUAUAGCUACAUAUACGCCAAGGGUAUCGGCACCAGAGCAGCUGCCCUCUACAUUGCCUGGGCAGAGCAGUUUGAGAAACAGGGUCUGCUUCCUCAGGCGGAUGCUGUGUACCAGCGUGCUGUGGAAAACCUGGCUGAGCCAGCUGAAUUGGUCCUCCAGCAAUACCGGUUGUUCCAAGCCAGGAUGCCUGUGAGUCAGACUGCGGGAGCAGGGGCUGCGAGGAACCCUCUGCAGAAUUCCCAGUUGAUCAAUCAGAAGGAACGCCCAAGGGAGACUGCCCCCCCGCAGUGCACGGAACUAGAGGGUCUGGAACAAUUUCCUGUCGACAAAACGAUACGCAUAAUCUCUAGGUCUGAGAACGCGCUGGUGAAGCAGCCCGCGCCAGGCCCGGCUGAAGGCCAGCAGUUCGUGUCCAUGUACUGCGUGAACGACCUCGUGUGCGAGGGCUCCGAGCUCAGCUUCGAGGAGCUCCGUGCUCGGCGCUACUUCGACAAGCGCAGGCAGCUCGAGGAGCUGAGGGAGUGGGAGAAACAGCGGAGGCGCUUGCUCGAGGAAGAGGAGGAGGUGAAACAGCUGAAGAGGAGGCUGGCGGAGCUGGACAGUCACCUUGGCCCUCGGGCAGCGGGGGAGGGGAGCUCUGGCAGAGCGCAGCCGCAGUGGGGCUUUUCCCAAGGAGACCGUUCAUCUGCGAGGCAGACGGCAGAACCGAGCCCAGAGUUCCUCCAGCGGUCCUUCGUUCAGCCCACGGGCCCCGGCGCAGGCCUGCCAUUCAGCCACAGCUCUGGAGCAGCGCCCGGCGCCGGUCCGGCACGUUGGGCCGGGCCGGACCUGAACGCGACGGCGCAGGGGAUGCUGGGAUUGACCUUACCCUGCGGCUCAUUUCAGCAGCCAAUCCCUGAGACCGUGCGGCCUGGGGAACCGAGUCUGCCGUUUGUACAGACGGGCCCUGCUGAGGAGGAAGAUGAGGAGGAGGAGGCCGCAGCGUGCGAAGGCGCCUCCGCCGCCCCAAACUGCUCCUUCUUCAAACCGCUGCCGACGGAAAGCCCCGCCCCCGGCGCUCAGGCCCCGCCCCUCUGCCCGCCCACCUCCUCGGCGGCAGCUCUGCACGCCUCCCUGCUCGCUCCGGCCCUGGAGAGGAACGCUGACCCCGUCAGCUGCUCCUUCGCGGCCCCCCACAGGACCCCCAGUGCGCGGGCCGCCGUCGGCGCCUCUCAGGGCCUGGCCAGCCGCUCGUAUCUGAACGGCUCGGCCAGCGUCUUCGCCAGCAGCCUCCAGCAGCACAGCUUCCACCAGCACAGCUUCAGAGAACCGGACGUUCCUGACGGUGUGAUGUCAGAGAUGGAACCACAGCCAGAUCUGUCACAGGGAGGGACGGGGAAUCUGUCCCAUGUCACCCCCAACACUUCCCUGGGCCUGGUCCAAGCCACGCCCUCCCGAGUGCAGCCUUCACCGACCGUCAACACGCGAGAAGCACUGGACGUGAUCAUGGACAUGUUCCAGGCGCCAACCUUCUUCCACGAUGACCCGUUCAGUGGUGGGCCUCGAAAGGACGAUGACAGUUUCGAAGCAGCCUGCAGAAAUAAGAGCAACAGGUCUUCCCUGGGGAGGCCCCCGGCUGCCACCCCAUUCGCCAUCUUCCAGGAUGAAAACGACAAGGAAAACGGAAGUCAUCCCUGUAGUGUGUCCAUGGGAGUUGAAAAGGCUCAGCCACGGGUUCUGGCGGACAUCCCCGUGUCCAAGCCGGCGAAGCAAACGGAUGUACACUCUGGUGUAGAGUCCAUGACGGAGGAGAGCAUGAUGUGGGGAGCCCGUUACAACAACACCCUGGACCCCUGUCCCAACAACACGGGGGACUUCGCUCUUUCGGCUCAUCUGGUCUCCACCCCCUUCUCCCGCAAUGCCCCGCACUCAUGGGACCUGGAAGACCAAGAAAACGGUCCACACACAGUGUUCAGUGGCACUGAAGAGAUGCCCUAUCAGCGCAAGCCAACAAAACUCAGCCCGAUACUGGAGCAUAGCCCGACCGCGGAGAAGGGCCAGCGCUCGGAGAUGGCGGAGUGCACGGUGGCGGCCCGCGGGGGCGGCGACCAGGCGACCCCGGACGCCGGCGAGCCGGGGCAGCUGGUCGAGCACGGCCUGGCCGCCGGCGCCGCCGCCUCCGUAACCGUCCUGCCCCAGCCAACCGCCGCGCUGUCCUUCCCCGAGCAGACGCAGGUGGCCGAGGAGGACGCCGGCGGGAGCCCCGCCCGCAGAUCUGCGUCCGUCCGGGACGUCUGCAUGAGCCCGGUGCAGCCCGCCGAUGAGGAUUCGAGCGGCAGCCCCGCCCGCGGCUGUGCGCCGGUCAGGGACGUCUGCAUGAGCCCGGUGCAGCCCGCCGCUGAGGAUUCGAGCGGCAGCCCCGCCCGCGGCUGUGCGCCGGUCAGGGACGUCUGCAUGAGCCCGGAGCAGGCCGCUAUGCCCGACUGGUGCCUUCCUGGGAGUCCCACUCACACAACCGGACUGGACUGGGAGGUUCCCAUGAGCCCAGCCCCAGCACCCACGCACGACCCCCACGUCCCAGUUAGCUCAGCUCCCUCUGCCCCUGCAGCUGCAGGCCUGGUUUCCGAUCCCUGGGAUGAAGAGCUGAUCUCCAGCCUACUCUCCGGUCUGCCUGCUCUGCUCUCCUCUUAUCCUGGCUUUGUCUCCUGGGGCUGCAAGCUCCCGAACAUAGCACCAAAGAUUACUGUGAAAAUGGGUAAGAAAUCCCUCCAUGUGGAUUCCAUUCUUGGGCAGGGAGCGUUCGCCACAGUCUACCAAGCCACAGACCCCACGACGUCCAGCAAGCUGGUCCUGAAGGUUCAGAAGCCUGCGAAUCCUUGGGAGUUUUACAUCAACGGCCAGCUUAACCGGCGGCUUCAGCCCAGCGUGCGCCACCUCUACAACAACCUCUACUCCGCCCACAUCUUCCACAAUGGCAGCGUGCUGUUGGGCGAGCUCCACAGCUGUGGCACUCUGCUGAACGCAGUGAACCAGUACAAGAACGUGGGCGAGAAGGUGAUGCCCCAGCCUCUGGUCCUCUACUUCGCCGCCUGCAUCCUGCACAUGGUGGAGAAGCUGCACGCCGCCCACAUCGUCCACGCGGACAUCAAGCCUGACAACUUCCUGCUGGGGGAGAGAUUCCUUGAAAAUGAAGAUUUUGAUCCAGAUGGCCUUGAGCAUGGAUUGACCUUGAUUGACCUGGGCCAGAGCAUUGACAUGACCCUCUUCCCAGAAGGCACUGCUUUCACGGCCAAAUGCAUGACCUCAGGCUUCCAGUGUACCGAGAUGCUGGAUGGGAGACCGUGGAAUUACCAGACCGACUACUUUGGAAUCGCAGGCACAGUUCACUGCAUGAUGUUUGGAACGUACAUGAAAGUGAAAAAGGAGGAUGGUGUUUGGAAGACAAAUGGCAUUUUCAAAAGGAAUCCCCACAGCGAGCUGUGGCUGGAGUUCUUCCACACCUUGCUGAACAUUCCCGACUGCAGCUCCCUGCCCUGCCUGCGCAGUCUGCGCAGCCGACUGACGGCCGCGCUGCAGCAGAACUACAGCGGCAAGCUGCGCUCGCUGAAGAGCCGCCUGGUGGUGCUGCUUCUCGAAAGCAGGCGGUCCCGCAGAUAAAGACGCAAGCAGUUACUGGGGGGGGGGGGGAAUUGAGCUGAUUUAAAAAAUUUUAAAAAAAAGAAAGAAGUUAACUUGUUGAAUGAAAAGCCUUCACUUAGACUUGAGUCCACUUUUAAGGAUUGAAAACGCUUGAUCAAGGAAUAUGAAGCAAUGUGGAAAUACGUAAUUUCAUACCAUACUAUUUCAGAGUAUCAUCAGUUGUACAGGUAUUUGGUGUGCUAGAAAUCUUUUGUAAUGUGUAAAGAUUGUAGUACAAAAGGCUGUUAACAGGAAUUGCAUUAUCACUUGGCAGAGAAUAAAGUUUAUGUUUUUAAGUUU